CUGGCUCAGCGGAUCGGGCGCUGCACGGCCCGACUGCGCCUGAGAUCCCGCGCUGUCACGGGCCCGCGCGCCGCCAUGGAGAGGAGGAGCCCGACUGGCCAGAGGGCGCCAGCGCACACCAGCAGCGGGGCAUCGGGCCAGGCAGUUACUCAGAAUGAGUUAGAAGACAAGUUCCGGCUGGUAAUCGAGCAGCAGGAGACCCGGGUGGCCCAGCUCGAAGCGAUGAACAAGCGGAAGGACGACCAGCUCCUGAAGUUGCAUGGCCGCUUGGAGGAGGCGCUGGCCGUUCUGCAGGCGGGGCAAAAGAUGUACAGCGAGCAGCAGAAGGUGCUGGACGCCCAGCAGGCCACCGUGCAGGAGCUGAAGGCCCGCGCGGGCAUCGCGAGGGCGCCCGCCCAGCAGGCCGGCGACGGCGAGGCCGAGGACGACGAGAGCGACGACGGCGAGGAGUUCGAGGGCGACGCGGCGGAGGAGAUGGCCGCGCUCGCAAUGCGCGCAACGCAGCUGCAGCAGCAGCUCGAGCAGCUCUGCGGCCAGGCCGCCGGCGGGCGCGGCGGUGGCGGACGGCCGCCGCAGCCGGAGCUGCUGGCGGCCAUGCAGCCCUCGGAGCGGGAAGCGGCGGCCCGGUCGUUCGCGGCGCAGGCGGAGCAGUCGCCCCAGCUCCUCGCGCACCUGCAGGCGAUGAUGUCCCAGAAGGAGCGCCUGCAGCAGGAGCAGUCGGCGCUCCAGCAGCAGCUGCAGGAGCUCCACGCGCAGGCGCGCGAGAGCGCGCAGCAGGUGUAG